AUGGCAACUGCCACAACUAAGAUGGCAACCACCACCUCCAAGAUGGCUACUGCAGGUUACAAAACCAUGACUUACAACCCAAAUAUGCAACUGGAGAUGGUGGACAAUCUACCUCCAUCAGCUGGCAUGAUCAUUUAAUUAAUUCAAAACCUAAGAUUAGAUUUAAAAAAUGACUUUAAACUAGAUUUUGAUACUAUGUGUGAGGCUCUGGAAGGCAUUGGCCACUGAACAGAAGAUGUUGAAUACAGAUUACAGGCUCAAGAACAAGCUCAUCAAGACCUAGUUGACACUGUCAAGGACCUCCAAAAGCAGGUAAAUCAACAAGCGGAAAAGAUGACGGAUUCAGAAGACAGGAGCAGGCGCAACAACCUCAGAAUUAGAGGAAUCCCGAAUAAUGUUGAGAUCUCUGAACUCCUGGACUAUUUUCAAACCAUGGUCAAGACAGUUUUGCCCAGAGCCACUAAUAUGGACCUUCUUGUAGAUCGCAUACACAGACUACCAAAAACCAAUAAAGCUCCAGUGGCAGCCCCUAAAGACACCAUAGUACGACUUCACUUCUUCCAUGUCAAAGAGGAAUUUUUGAGAACAGUCCGCACUCCCAGAUGA